AUGAAAGCUAUUUUAUUGCUGUGUCUGCUGCAAGCAGCUUUCGCUCAGUAUUCCUGGGACAGAAGUAUCUCCUUAACACCGACAACAUCCGGAGUGUGUCUUUCGGAUCUGACAUCAUGUGGCUGCUGUCUGAUGCAGAAGCAGGUGGCGAGGAUGGCGAACUUCUUUAACAUUACCGUUAACGCAAUGAGCAAGGAGCUGAAAAAAUCAAAAACAGCCCUCAACAAUAUUAGAGAAAGCCGCAGUUCCUUCUCUGUCGCUCUCAACAACGCCAGACAAUUGAGCUGCUUUGGCCCCUUCAGCAACAAAACCGUUGUCAUCUACAAAAAUGUCUUCAUCAAUCUGGGUGAUAGCUACAAUGUGCAGACCGGUAUCUUCACUGUUCCACGCUCUGGUGUCUACAGCGUCGCCCUCACUACCUACAGUAAAGCUGUUCUUCCUGUUAUCACCUUGGCCGUCUGUGCUGAACUGCAGGUGAACGGCCAGGUGGUGGCAGGAACAAGAGACAUAAAUAAUGAAGACCUAGAGGACAGUGCAACUUUUGUUGUGGCCAUCCAACUGAAGGCUGGGGACAAGAUGGCGGUCAACCUGCCCAUUGGAUGUGUCCUCUGCGAUGACAGCAGCCACUAUAACACAUUCACUGGUUUCCUGCUGUAUGCUACUGACUAAGUUAGGGAAAUGUAGCUGCUCUGGGAUUUGUACCAACUCUACUGAGGAGGUUUGAGUCUGAUAUAUUCCUGUAGUGACAGUUGUGCUUUGUAACCCUUAAUUUGAACCUCAACACUGAUUAAUGUCAUACAGUGUGUAGAAAGUAUCUGUGGAGAGUAUCGUUGUUCUUGUAACUGCAAAUCAUGUGUGAU